AUGUUUGAGCUAGGCUUCUUCUCUCCAGGGAAAUCAAAGAAUAGGUACCUGGGAAUAUGGUACAAGAAGAGCGCCGAGACGGUUGUGUGGGUCGCUAAUAGAAACAACCCAAUUAUCGAGCCACAUGGAGUCUUAACCAUUUGCAACGAUGGAAGCCUUGUUAUUCUUAACAAAACAGAGGGCAUUAUCUGGUCUUCAAACACAUCCAGAAGAAUGGAAAAUCCAGUGGCACAGCUCUUAGACACUGGAAACCUUGUUGUUAGGAACAACUUUAGCAUGAAUACUUCUGAAAGUUAUGUAUGGCAGAGCUUUGAUUAUCCAUCAGACACUCUAUUACCAGGUAUGAAGUUGGGCUGGGACUUGAAGACCGGUCUGGAGAGACACUUAACAUCAUGGAGGAGUGCUGAUGAUCCAUCCCCUGGAGAAUAUACUUUCAGACUUGACAUUAGUAUUUUACCUCAAUUAUCUUUAUACAGGAGAUCAGUGAAACUUAGCCGUCGUGGACCAUGGAAUGGAGUUAACUUUAUGUCAAUUCCUUCGGAUCCAAACUUCAGUUUUGAUCCAAUUCUGGAAGAUAAUCAGGAUGAGAUUUAUUACAUGUACGAGUCCUACAACAACCCAACCGUUAUGUUAUUAAAACUCAACUAUUCAGGUAAGAUGCAGCGGCUAAUAUGGAAAGAGAGGAGUUCUGAGUGGAAAGUUGAGUUCUCAAAGCCAGCUGAGGAUUCCUGUGAAUAUUAUAUGAAGUGUGGUGCUAAUACCGUUUGCAGCAUUAACAAGACACCUAUUUGUAAGUGUUUGAAGGGGUUUAAGCCCAAAUCACAGUACAAUGGGACAUGGCCUACAACAUGUGUGACAAAUUCUGCAUUAGAUUGCAAAAGUGAAGAUAGGUUUGUGAACCUUUCUGGGAUUGAAUUGCCUGACUUGCUCAAGGUUUCAUUAAACAAGAGUAUGAAUCUGAAGGAAUGUGAGGCUGAGUGCUUGAGGAGCUGUUCUUGUAGAGCUUAUGCAAAUUCCAAUGUCACUGGAGGAGGCAGUGGCUGUUUGAUGUGGUUUGGGGACUUGAUUGACAUCAAGAGAAUUACCGACGGAAUGGAUAUAUACAUAAGAAUGCCAGCUUGUAAACCAGGAAAGAAGAAGCUGCUUUUGGCAGUUGUAAUAGUUGUUUCUCUGAUGGUGCUUCUUCCUGCAUUUUACUUCCUUUGUUAUAGGAGGAGAAAACUGAAGAAGAAAGGUAACUUCUAA